UUUAUCAACUGAAACUUCCUGUUUCUCUGCUGCCGCCGGUGUUUGACAGCUGUGCCGGACUGGUCCGCGGUCCAGGGGAUUUAAAUUAAAGGAGUGCGGGAAAAACAGCGCGGUCAAGCUUCAUUUAAUGGGACUAACUCUAUGAAAGCCAGAGGAAAACUGCCGGACUCUAUGAUUUCAACCAAAACACCCGCAUUUAUUCGUCCUGCGUUAAGGUGUGAAACAUGGAGGAGCCACAGGAGCCUCAGAGGAAAAUGUCAACAGCAGGAGAAAGUCUGUACAAAGUCCUGGGUCUGCAGAAAGGAGCUUCUCCUGAGGAGAUAAAGAAGGCGUACAGGAAAUUGGCGUUGCGGUUUCAUCCCGACAAGAAUCCAGACAAUCCAGAAGCUGCAGAGAAAUUCAAAGAGAUCAACAACGCCAACACUAUUCUCAACGAUGACAACAAACGCAAGAUCUAUGAUCAGUACGGCUCCAUGGGCCUCUACGUGGCAGAGCAGUUUGGCGAAGACAGCGUCAAAUAUCACUUCCUCAUGGGCAAGUGUUGGUUCAAGGCACUUUUGGCGUUGGGUUGCAUUUUCACCUGCUGCUGCUGUUUCUGUUGCUGCUGUUUCUGCUGCGGGAAAUGUGGGAAAUCAGACGAAGAAGAAAGUUCCUUCUAUAUGGACCCAGACGACCUGGAGCCAGAGGUCGGAGAGGAGAAUGAAGCAGGAGAUCACGUAAUAGUCGUUCAGCCGAGCUCUUCCGCUGCUGCAGAUGAAAACCCAGGAGGAGGUCGUGUUAUAAUCAUUCAGCCAAGCUCUUCUGCUGCUGCUGCUGCUGCUGAUGAUGAUGAUGAUGAUGAUAAUACCGGAGUUUUUGUAAUAUUUGUUCAGCCGAGCCCCGCUGCAGACGAUCGAAACGCAGGUGUGAAUAUGCCAAUUGUGAUUCAGCCUCACGGGAUUGAUGGAAUAGACGGGACGGAGUCGGUGGGGUCUGCAGACACCCAAGAAACGAAUGAAUGAAAACAAACUGCGGUUGACCUGCAAAAAAAAAAACAAAACCCAUCUCAGAGCCGGAUCUGUUUACGUGAACCGGGCCGGGAUUUGAUUGUGCCUUAAUUCCUGUCCAUUCGCUCCUCAUCCCGUGUCAUUUGUUUAUCUUGUUGAACGUGGGGCCACGUCUCUGCCGCAGCUGACAAACGAUGAAGCCAAACAGAUCAAAGAUCUGGAAUGACUUUUUCACGUGCACUUUAAAAUCCUGAGCUGAUGUUUUAUUUGUUUUUUUGUUUUUGUUUUUGUUAAAUCACAAACCUGCUUCCAGGAGUGAACCGAUACCGUGCUCGGCAUCUCGGUAUCAGUCUGACACAGGCCAACAUCAACGCACUGGAUACGGGAAAAUUGAAAAAGAAGUAUGAUCUGUAACGGCUGAUUCACACGCGCACACGUCAGGCGUUGUCGAACUGCAUUGUGGGUUAAAAAUGAAACGGUACUAUGAUUUACUGUGGAACAAAUAAGACAGAAGUGCGAUUAUUGAGAAAAGUAGCAUCUCGGAAUCUCACGUCGUUGUUGGCGGGGUAACCUUCGAGUAUGGAAUCUGACUCCCGACGACAAAUGGAACGCAGCCUGACCUCCGAUAGCUACCUCCAGCAGCAGUCAUGAGCGAGCGCGCGUGUUGCUUCUUAAUGCAUCGGCUCAUUAACAGUCAAAAGCCCCGUAUCGGACUGAUAUCGGUGAAAUUGAAGGUUGUGAUAUCGGCGUGGUAUCGGACACUUAAGUGUUUUUGGCUCCUUGUGGAUCAGGGUCAGAAAUGAUUGAGUGUGUUUUAAUUGGCAAACUAAUGCUGUUCAGAUCGUCGGAGGGCAACAACGAACGAGGUCACAGAAACUGUAGAAAGAGGAUAAAGAUAUUCAUAAAUCAUUAUAUAGACCGUAGUACAGGUACUGCAGUAACUGUAGUACCUGUUAAUGUGUGGAAUAUAUACAUAUAUUAUUAGGUACUAAUGAGAAUCCCACAACACUGUUUGGUUGUAUUAUAAUUAUUACUUUUUAUUUGCCAAACAUGAAAACAUGCCAAAUAGAUGCAAAACUGAGUUGAAAUACAUGAAAUUGAUACAGUAUGAAUGUUUUUUUGAUACCAUUAUAUUAAUAUAUAGCCUUAAAUUAUGUCAUAUUUUAUCAUGUUUAUAUUUCUACUGGGUGUGCUUCAUUGGGUUGCAUUAUUUAUUCAAAUCUGGAAGUUUUGCUCUGUUUGUCUUUGGGCUCAAACCUCUAAUGUAAUGUAUUUAAUUAUUUCCAACAAGGUGCCUGAAUAUAUUUUAAAUGGGAAACGGUGUUUUAUUUGUUCUUCAUUUUCUUCCAUGAUCUUAACAUUCUCAGGUAUUUUAUGGUUUCUCUUUAAAUGUGUCCAUGUUUAUUAAAUUGUUUUUGUAAAUUUGUCUGAUUAAUAAACUUGGGCGGAAACUGGAAAUAUUA